AUGAUCGAUAAAAAUCCCAAGGAAUGGCACUCGCUUCUCUCCAAUUCUCUAUGGGCAUAUAGAACCUCGAAGAGGUCUUCCACGCGAACAACGCCAUUCGCCCUCACCUAUGGCCAUGAUGUCGUCUUGCCGCUUGAGAUUUCGGUUAAGUCCUUAAGGGUAGUUCGCCAUGGCGAAUGGAGUAAGGACGAAUAUGAGCAAGCUAUGACACAAGAAUUAGACGACCUUGACGAGGUCAGAUUGGGCGUUUUAGAUGGAUUGAAAGCCCAAAAAGAGGCCGUGGCUCGAGCAUACGACAAGAGAACCAAAGCCAAGAGUUUUGGGUUCGGAGAUCUACUAUGGAAGGCCAUUCUUCUGGUGGGAUCAAAGGAUCCAAAAUUCGGCAAGUGGUCUCCAACUUGGGAAGGCCCAUUUCUCGUUCACCAAGUGUUAGGGAAUGAGGCGUACAAGUUAAGUGACCAAAAUGGUAGGGUCCAUGAUGCGCCGAUUAAUAGUCGAUUUUUGAAAAAAUAUUACCCAACGGUUUGGGAAAUGGUGGAGAGAUAA